UCCCCGGCCGCCAAGUAAGUUUGGAGACUGGAUCUAGAUUAAUCAUUAGGGGCUGGAUUCUACCAUCCUUACUCACUGUCAACUAGAACAGUCUCUGUAGUGCAGAACUCUCAUAAAUGUGAAGCAAACCAUCCACCAUUAUGUUUGGCACUAAAAGGUUAAAGAAAAAGUCCCAGUCUGUAGAUGUUACUGCACCAGGCUACAAUCCUCUGGCAGCAGAAGCACAAGAGGCCCCACAAGCCAGUAAAUUGAUACCUGUCACUAACACAGCUGCUUCUGAAGAGGAGCAGAACAACACCACAAAUACACAAAGGCGCAAUCCACGGAGGAGUGAGCUGAAGAGAUACUACACCAUUGAUACUGGCCAGAAGAAGAACCCAGACAAGAAAGAUGGGCGACGAAUGUCUUUUCAGAAGCCUAAAGGGACUAUUGAAUAUACAGUUGAAUCAAGAGACACUCUAAACAGUAUUGCCUUGAAAUUUGAUACGACACCGAAUGAACUGGUUCAAUUAAACAAAUUUUUCUCUCGAGCAGUUGUUCCUGGACAGAUUUUAUACGUUCCUGACCCAGAAUAUGUUUCUAGUGCAGAGAGCUCCCCAUCUCUUAGUCCCAUAAGUCCCUUGUCACCUAUAUCUUCAGAAGCUGAAUUUGACAAGGCUACAGUAAGUGAUCCAGAUGGGCUCCAGCGAAAAGAGGCAGCUGCUUCACCAGCUUAUGCAUGUUUUCAUCCUGCAAGAGUGGUAUCAUCCACAUCAGAGGAGGAAGAAGCAUUUACUGAAAAAUUUCUCAAAAUUAAUUGCAAGUACAUGACUUACGGCAAGGGUGCGGUCAGUGGUGUGCUGCUAGUGACGCCAAAUAAUAUAAUGUUUGAUCCACAUAAAUCUGAUCCUAUGGUCCAAGAGAACGGCUGCGAAGAGUAUGGUAUCAUGUGUCCAAUGGAAGAAGUGAUGUCAGCUGCUCUGUAUAAAGAAAUUGUGGACAGCAAAAUAAAGGAUUCAUUACCUGUAGAUGUAGAACCAUUAUCUGUAAGGGACCUCUGCCAUUUCAAGAAAAUUACAGGAAGCAAUACAGAUGAAAUGGAUUCAAGGGUUCGGGAUACAGGGAAUGACAGUACCAGCACUGCCCCUCGGAGCACAGAGGAGUCUCUUUCGGAGGAUGUGUUCACAGAAUCGGAACUCUCUCCAAUAUGUGAGGAACUUGUUUCUUCAGAUGAGCUUCGACAAGACAAAUCUUCUGGUGCCUCAUCAGAGUCUGUCCAAACGAUAAAUCAAACUAGCGCAGAAUGUUUAACAAUAAUUUCAGACUCAACUGAUGUUCCCAAGGACUUAAAAUCUAGUGUUGACCUGCCUGUAAAUGACAGUGGGUUUGUAACCCAUGUUAUGGGUUCAGAAACUGUUGAAAUGGCAAUACAGGAGGGAGAGGACACUGUAGGGGAAAAAGUUACAGAUGCCCAUCAACAAUCUUUGCAAGAUAUGCAACCCAGGAAAGAAUGGGGCACAGAUGUAGAUGUCGUCCUAGAUCAAGAUUCCACACUAGAGAAAACACACAAAAGAGAGAGUGUGAUAAAGGAGGAAUGUCUACCUUGUGAAGACAUCAAAGACUCUCAAAAAAAAGAGACUAUAACCAAGGGAAAACUAGUGAAAGAAUUAACUCGAGAUUCAGACAUAGACGUUGAAGAGCUUCGUGAACUCUGGAAGAUUCACACUAUGCAACAAACCAAGCAGCAAAGAGAAAACAUGCAGCAAGAUUCACAAAAAGAAAUUAAGCAAAAAAUGGAGAUUGCAGCAGAUGGACAAGUUGAAGGGGUUGACGUGGAAGGGAGAGAAUUCCAAUCUCAGACUACAGGUUCUGCUCCUAUGAAGGAGAAGAGAAGACAUCGAUUUCACAAAUUCUUGUGUCUCAGAGUUGGAAAACCUAUGAGAAAAACAUUUGUGUCACAAGCAAGUGCAUCAAUGCAGCAGUAUGCACAGAGAAAUAAGAAACAUGAGUACUGGUUUGCUGUUCCGCAUGAAAGGACAGAACACUUGUAUGCCUUCUUUAUUCAGUGGAGCCCAGAGAUGUAUUCAGAGGAUACUGGGGAGUCUAUUAGAGAGCCUGGGUUUGUAGUGGUAAAGAAGAAUGAAGAACCUGAAACUGGUGAUUGCACUAAUGAAGCUGCUUCUAGAGAGUGGGAGAUAACAAGGGAAGACAUAAAUCCAAAGCAGGCCACAAAUAUCAAAACAGACCUGGAGCCUGAAGCAUUUCGGCCAAAUCUUAGUGAUCCUAGUGAAUUGUUGCAGUCAGACCAAAUUGAAAAGCUCACAAAGCACCUUCCUCCGCGAACUAUUGGGUAUCCAUGGACUCUUGUCUACGGCACUGCAAAGCAUGGCAUGAGCUUGAAGACAUUGUAUCGAACUAUGCUGGGGCUAGACACUCCUGUACUAAUGGUUAUCAAGGAUAGUGAUGGGCAGGUUUUUGGUGCACUAGCUUCUGAACCUUUUAAAGUGAGUGACUGCUUUUAUGGCACUGGAGAGACCUUUCUGUUUACUUUCUCUCCAGAUUUUGAGGUCUUCAAAUGGACAGGAGACAAUAUGUUUUUUAUUAAAGGAGACAUGGACUCUCUAGCUUUUGGUGGGGGAGGGGGUGAAUUUGCUCUUUGGCUUGAUGGGGAUCUCUACCACGGAAGAAGUCACUCUUGUAAAACAUUUGGGAAUCACACACUUUCUAAGAGGGAAGACUUCAUUAUCCAAGACAUUGAAAUCUGGGCUUUUGAAUAAGUGUAUAUGUGUCUCUGCAGGCUAUUGUCCCAAACCUGACAUGAAUCAGUGCAGCUCUAAAAGCCCUAGAAGCAAUAGAAUACAGUAUUUUUAUACUAUAG